UGAGAGACAGAGAGACGGAGAGCCGCGAAGGGCAACGCGAGGCAUGAGCAGGCAGGCACUGCUGGGGCCAAGAAGAUUGUGGCACAUUGAAUGUAAUUAAAAGAUAUGGCCCAAUAGAAAAAUAAAUAAACAACUACAGACGAUCAAAACUUUCCAUUUUGGAUUAAAAUCCAAAAGAACACUUGAUUUUUCAUUGAUUAUUUGGAUCUACAAGACAAGCUUAGGAUCCAAGCUUCACUAACAUGGAUAUUGGAGGUUUGGAAACUGUGGUUGCCAACUCUGCAUAUGUAGCAGCACGUGGUAGUGUCGAUGGCAAUGCAGCAGCAACUAUGCGCGACAAAAAAAUGCGUGCCAGGCUGAAGCUUCCGCACAUCACGCAGUGCGAUCAUCUAAAGAACACAGUGGACAUGUCAUUUUAUCAGCUAUGUAUCAAACAACCAAUUGGCAAGAGACUAUUUCAGGAAUUCUUAUCAUCUGAGGAGACUUUUAAGAGUGUUGCAAAUCUUUGGAAGGACAUUGAGGAUUACAAUUCGGCUGAAGAAAAGGAUCGGCCAAAAAGAUCACAGAGGAUAGUCAACAGGUAUUAUGACUCCAGCAGUAAGACCUUCUGUAGUUUUCUGGAUGAGAAAGCAGUGACACGAGUGAAGGAGGACCACAAACAUUGCCGCAAUGACCUCUUUAAGGAGAGUGAGCAGCUUCUGCUUAAAUAUUUGGAAGGAAACACACUAGAAAGCUUCAAGGCAAGUCUUUACUUUCUACGUUUUCUCCAGUUUAAGUGGCUAGAGUCCCAGUCUGUGACCGAAGAGUGGUUCAUGGACUUCCGUGUCCUUGGAAAAGGAGGAUUUGGAGAGGUGCAUGCCUGUCAGAUGAAGGCUACGGGGAAGAUGUAUGCCAACAAGAAGCUCAACAAGAAGCGGCUGAAGAAACGCAAUGGAUAUGAGGGAGCCAUAGUAGAAAAGCGCAUUUUGGCCAAAGUUCACAGCCGGUUUAUUGUGACACUUGCAUAUGCUUUUCAGACCAAAAAUGACCUUUGUCUGGUAAUGACAAUCAUGAACGGAGGAGACCUCAGGUUUCAUGUCUAUAAUGUGGAUGAGAAGAACCCCGGGUUCAAUGAGGAGCGAGCUUGUUUCUACACUGCUCAGAUCAUCUGUGGUCUAGAACAUCUUCACCAGAACAGGAUUAUCUACCGGGACCUUAAACCGGAGAAUGUGCUGCUUGAUGAUAAAGGGCAUGUGAGAAUCUCUGACCUGGGUCUGGCUACAGAGCUGAAGGAUGGAGAGGAUAAAACCAAAGGUUAUGCAGGCACUCCAGGAUUCAUGGCUCCAGAGCUGCUGAAAAACAUUGAAUAUGACUACAGUGUGGACUACUUCACCUUGGGGGUCACCCUCUAUGAAAUGAUUGCAGCCAAGGGGCCAUUCAGGAGUCGAGGAGAGAAGGUUGAGAACAAAGAGGUGACUCGCCGAAUCCUCAAUGACCCAGUCACAUACCCAGACAAGUUCAGCAGUGACCUCAAGAGCAUUUGUGAGGCGCUGAUGGAGAAGGACCCCUCCAAGCGACCUGGCUUUAAGAAUAAUGAGUGUGAAGAACUGAAGAAACACAAAUUUUUCAAGUCCAUCAAUUGGGGGCGGAUGGAAGCAGGUCUAUUGGAGCCCCCUUUUGUACCUGACCCCAAGAUGGUGUAUGCCAAGGACAUUAGCGAUGUUGGGGCUUUCAGCACGAUAAAGGGUGUGGUGUUGGAUGAGAAGGACAAGGAAUUUUAUGACGACUUCUCUUCGGGCAACAUUCCAAUCCCCUGGCAGGAAGAAAUGAUUGAGACUGGCGUGUUUGGGGAGCUCAACGUUUGGGGUGCCAAGGGCACCACGCCAAAUGAUCUGAACUAUAACUAUGUUCCAGAGAGCCCCAAAUCAGGAGCGUGUGGCAUUCUGUAAAGAAUGUGGGAGUCCCUAUGGCUACAAAGAUGGCAGAUGCCUUUGUUGUUAUAAGUAGCAAACGGUUGCCUAUCUUGAAUGAAACAAUAUCCUCUAUGCAGCAAUUCUGAAAACAUUUAGUAUAUGUAAUUAAAAAGCUGAAAACACUGCUACAGUACAUGCCAGAGGAGCCAAGUGUUGCAGCACAAGAAAACAAGCUCUGGUUAAUUUUAGACGUAAUGCUGAUGUAAUAUCCAAAAAACAAAAUUAGAAGUUUAUGCUCCUGUUUAGAUCAUUACAACUGCUACUCUGGCCCCACACUAUGUGGGCACUGUGGCACAUUAUUUGCAUUUUAGCUGUUAAGGACUCCUUUUAAGCUGUCUUUUCCCUUUCUUCGAUUUGAAAGGCAGCUUGUCCACCUGAGUUCAUUUUCACCUUAAGCCAGUGUUACAUUGUUGUGCGGUAUGCCAGACUUGCCCACUGAGAUCUUCUCACCAGACAUUGUCAGUUUACACAACUUAAAUUUGCUGAGCAUGUCAUUUUUACCCAUUGCAUGCUGACAUUCCAGAACAGUUACAUUUGCCCCUUUCUGUGACAGCCAAUAAGAUGGUGCCUGACGAUACAGGUGCUGUACAAAGGGUUAAAAGGGUAUAACGAGUUCAUCCACAAUCUGCCCCUUUGUUUUCUUUUUAAUAUUCUGAUAUGUUAUUUAAAACAUGAGACAUUCAUCAAACAAGCUUCUCUUCUGUUUGUGAGGUCCAAAACACCCGUGUUCCUCAUCAUGGCAUUCAAUGCAUUGUAAAGAGCACUCAUUGGUUGUCAGUCUGCAUGCACACAAUGCUUGCCUGUACAACUAAAAGCAAAAUCAAACCUGUCUAGUUGAGGACUAGUUAAAGUGAGUUGCUGGAUAUGUCACACUAGGUGACUGUCCUUCACGGGAGUGCGUCA